AUAACGGUUGAAGUUGCUACACCAAGAGCCGAGACAGAGUCAUCAGACAGAGAUUUUCUUUCCUGGGACACGGUUUCGCUGAACUAUUUGAAACAACAAUGACUAGAAAGACUGGGCUUGUCUCCUUAUCAACCUUAAGACGAAGGGCACGUGUAGACGUUCAAAAAAGGCUUCAUCAAAUUAGGACAUACUUGACUGACAUGGACAUGACAGGAACAGGGGCAGAUGACAGAGUUCUUUCUGAGGACACUGCCCCACCCUCUUCAGCUGCACAUCCAAUGCCAGAGGUGCAAGUUGUUACUGAAGAUGACAUGGAAUUGGAGUCAGGAAGCCGGUGGGUUCGGUCAGUUGGAGCCUCAAGCCCAAACCAGUUACACUGGCAGACUCCACUAUCUCGCAGAGUGCCAGGCUGCAGAGUCACUACUCCUCAACCUGGAGGAAACUGUCUAGCACCUGGCCAUGGGGCCGGACCGCAACACCCUUCACCACCUCAACUCCCUGCACCUGCAUUUAACAUGAGGAGAGUUACUCUAGGAACGGCAGUCCCUCUUCACCUCCCUCCCCCCCCACACCAGCUCUCAACAUGAGGCGAACAGAGGAGCCCUCUUCAAGCCUGGCCUACAGACCAACAUGGCGAGGGGGAAGAACGACCGAUACCAUUCCCUGCUCUGCGGCUGAGUUCCACAUCCUUAGCCUGCUGGAGAACCUUAAACGACAACAAGACCAGCUUGUGGUAAAGGUGAACUACCUCAGCAGCAGGCUGAACAGCAACCCGGGGCCAGAUGUUGAGAUGCCGGACAAUAUCCAGUUUCCCCUGGAACAAUUGGAGGCAGUGGAGGCAUUUGAAGUGUUUUUAAAGGAACCGUCAAAUGGCCCAGCUCAACAGAGAGUGAUUUCUUCUUUGGCCACAAUUGGAGGUCAGGAUGUGAAGAAGGUGACCUGGAACAUCCUGGCCAGGCUCUUCACAGAUGAGGUAUCUCAUCAGAUAAACUGGAAGGGUGUUAAUAACAAAAAGUCCUUCAGUAGGAUGGCAACGAAGAGCUUGCUUUUCAGUGCUGUGAGGAAAAACACAGUGACACGGUCAGCCACGGACACAGAGGUCACCAGGCACGUAAUCAGGUGGUUCCACCUGGCAGCGGAUCGGGCAACGAGGAAACGUGUCCCGCCUCAAGCCACACAAACGGAGUAA